CUGUUUUUGAGGUCUUACUAAUGUAACUUUAAAGUUAAUAGUUAGAGAACAGCUGGUGCUGCCAUUGUUGCAAGUGCGAUGGGCGACAAGUCCAGCCAAUAUAGUCAGAGCAUUAGAUGUUAGUGCUUUGUGAAUAAAUGCAUAGAGGAAACCUAUCAAUGGUAGAUAACUCGCGUGGAAGAAGAAAUCGCUAGUAUUGAUCAGUCAUCUACAAUUUUUUUUGAAGACAAGGAUAUAUGAAGAACUUUCCACCUUUGAUUUUAUUCGUAUGAGCAAUCUUUCCACUAAAAGAAUCAAGACAGAGUGUGUAAAAUGCGGAAGAAAAAAAGUAUCAGGUUCACACCGAAAAGUUAAAGAAUAUUGUCGAAAAAACAAGAAAAACUAUAUAUGCCAAAAUAGUAUGAAGUUGACUAAAGAGGGAUGGAGCAAGAAAUUAGGAAAGCAUUUACUAGCAAGAGUCACAAAUUGUUUUUGGAUUGUUUGUCAUGACAAUUUUGUGUAAUUUGCAAAUAGAAAGCAUGAGCUUUCUCUAUUGUUGUUGCCUUUAGCAACUGUAAUUUUAUAUCAAGAAAGAACAAAGUUGAGUAUCUUUCGGGAAUUGGGACCAAUCCAGGUGAGCUGCAAGUUGCUCGCAUCCAAUUCUAGGAAAUUUCAUUGCAUUCACUAUUUUUUGUUUUUUUGGGGUACAUGUAUCACGUUUCAGAAGUAAACAUAAAUCCCCACUUUCCAAAAUGUUUUUGAUUGUUAUAGUAUUGGCUUUGGUCUCUUGAAAUACUUUUCAGAUUGAAAUUUCAACCCACUUUUCCUUUUGUUGAAGUCCAAAGAAAAGAACAGGGAAAACGCUGUCUUUUGAUUUCAAAAGCAAGAAAAACUCCAAUUUUCAUAAUAUAAAAAAUUAAUAUUAUAAAAAUUAAUUAAUUUUCAUAAAUAUUUGAUAGGGUAUUUGUGAAAUCUUCUGAAAACAUCAUUAUGUAAAACCCUAAUUCCAAGAUGAAGAAGCCAGACAUAAGCCCAAAAGCAAAACUCCACUUUAUUUUUCACACAAAAAGAAAUUGAAAUCACAAAACAGGAGGGAAGUGGAGAUGAAAUGAGGAAGCAAAGCAAAAGUCACCAACACCACAAUAAAUGCCACCCCGCUGUUUCCAAACUGAGUAUUAAAUGCUGCAGCUGGAGCAUCAUCUACCCACCUUCGCUUCAUUGAACUUUCCUUUCUCUUUCCCUUUCCAUUCACCCCAUCAAAUGGAUCCUCCUCUUCCCCUCCAAUGUCCACCUCUCCCCCUUCUGCCCCUAACUAUCUCACCAACUUAGGCCUCGGCUAUUCCAUCGCCAUCGCCCUCGGUUUCCUCGUCCUCCUCUCCACCAUCCUCCUCGCUUCCUACAUCUGCUGCCGCUCUUCCUCUUCCCCUCUUGCCUUCUCUCCCAACCCCAUCUCAACUACUGGCCCCGACUCCGAUGGGAUCAUCCUCCCCAGGAUUAUUUUCGUUGCUGAAGAUGAAGACAAUGAAAACGUCGUCGUAGGGCUUGACCAGGCCGUUAUAAAUUCUUACCCUAAGUUCCAGUUUAGUAAAGAGGCGGCUGCCGCGGGUUCUAGUAACGUGAACACAACAUGUUCGAUUUGUUUGUGUGAGUAUAGGGAUUUGGAGAUGUUAAGGAUGAUGCCUGAGUGUAGGCAUUAUUUCCAUGUUUCUUGUAUUGAUGCUUGGUUGAAACUUAAUGGGUCUUGUCCCAUUUGUCGGAACUCGCCACUUCCAACUCCACUUUCUACGCCUUUGUCAGAACUCGUGCCUCUGUCUCAGUACGCUGCGGACCGAGGAAGGAGGUGACUUUUUGGGUUGUUUUUUUUUCUUUUAAAUAUCUUAGUUUUGGUGGAUGAUUUCUUUCUCUCCUUUUUUAGGGUGUGUUGGAUUGUUUGAAGGGGGAAAUUUGUAUAUUUUUUUCUUUUGUUUUGUUGGUGGUUAGGUAGAGAACAGGGUGAUUUGGUAGUGGAGUUUUUUUUGCUCAAUGGACUGUGAUUUUUGUUGUUUUAGGGGGGAAAAAAGAGUAUUAGAUGCUUGGUGCUGAGCACAAAUUGAGUGAUAAAAAGUGAUUCACAUCAAUUGGGAGUCUUUUUUUAGUCAAGGAAUUUGUUUCUUCAACUUAUUUGUGAAAUGCAUAAUUUGCACCAAUUUUUGUUCUGUAUUGUUUAUUUUAUUGAGACAUUGACUGCCGUUUUUCCAGUCCCCCUAUCUAAUUGUUUCAAAUUCUUAUCAAACAGUUGACAAGGAUUAAUGGAUUGAAAA